UAGUACAGUAUAAGCUGUGAACGCCAUUACUAAAUGAUAAUACAAUAUAAGGCAAUGUUGUAGUAAUUGUUUAAAGGGAUGUCUGUCUGCUUGUGUCGUGUUGUCUGUAUGUAUGACUGUAUGACUGCAUGUAUGUGUUGUUGUGUGCAUUGUAUAUGUUAGCCAUGCGUUCACAAAUAGAAACACCAUUACAUGUUUGUACACACAGUACUGAUCCCUCCUAUCAGUUGAUAGGUUUGACAUACAGUGCCGGCCAUUAAAUUGGAUGAAAUGACUGUUGAAAACACAUUAAAUACAUUAAACACAUUAAACACACUGUAAUACUGUAUAUGUUUUUAAACACAACACAAGCAUUGCUUGGGUUCACUAGAUAUUCAUUAUUAUUAUAAUACAAAUUGAAUGCAAUUUUUAUUUAUAUAUGUAUUUAUCAUUUAUUUAUUCGUUAUCUAAAUAUAAUAAUAAUAAUACUAUUAGUAGUUAUAAUAAUAUUAUUAACUAAUACUCAACUUAUUGACCACCAGUUUGUUGUGUGCAUUGAGAGACCAAACAUAUCCAACACCUACUGAUCGCAUCAAUUGGUUAUACCAUCUAUUGUAUGGCCGCACAUGAGGACAGCCCAACAGUUAAAACAAUAACUACUAAAGCCUUGAGUUCAUCGCAAACCUCUAAAGCAAUGCCCGUUACGACCACAAAGACACCGAUGGCCGGCGCAAGUCAGCCAACCGGUAAGCCUAAUGGUGGUCAUCAGCAACAACACGUGUAUCCCGUAUCGACCACUGCAAGCACGUCGUGGUCGCCGACAACUGUGACUGCGGCCAACAAUGUGACCAAUUCAUGCUCGCCAUCAUACGCUCAGAAACUAAAGCAAAUGAACCACACGAUGACCAACAGCGACGGUCUCAACAAUGAACAUAACACACCCGUCACCACCAAUCAGACAAACGCCAAUCAAUUGAUGAACAAUAGCACUGCUUCGGGUGAUUGUCAUAAUAGUAAAGACGUUAAUAAUCAUCUCUUAAAUAACAGUACUAUUGAAUCAAAUAAUGGUAUCAAUAAUAGUAAUAAUCAUAAUAUUGAGACAAAUCAUAGUAUUAGUGAUGAUAUGUUAAAAAGCAAUGCAAAUAACGAUUCAAAUAAUUUAAAUGUAAAUAAUAUUAAGAAUAAUAGUUGUAAUAAUGUUUUGGCAAACAAUAGUAAUACAAACUGUAAUACAAAUACAAAUGAUAACACUAUCAGUGCUGGUGUUGGUGGCAACAGGUCGUCCUCUACAGCAAGUAAUGGUUCGGUAACCGGCGUGACCACCAAUGUAUGGCAUAAAAGCAAUGUGGCCAGGAUAAUCGCCAAUAGCACCGGUAGUAACAGUGCUAGUAAUUCAACUAAUAGUCAGCACUCAGUCAAUAGUGCCACACAUGAGAUUAAUGGGACUUCAAGCAACACAACAAACUUGUGGUCAGCUAAUACAGUGGUCAAUACAAAUAAUACUAUUAUUAUUAAUAAUAGUAGUAAUAAUAAUAAGUCGACAGUCAAUGCAGUUUCAUCUCAACACAGCCCUAAUGUUCAGAAACACUCAUCAAAGACAAAGGUUGCACCAAUAAAUGAUAUAAAUGAUUGGCCGACACUCGGGGAAGUACAUAAACCAGAGACCUCAAAACGCAACUCAGAGGAAAUCCUAAAUAAUAGUGAUUCAUCGGCUCCGACAUCAAGUAGUGAACCGACAGUGCCUUCCAAUCUCAACAAAAUAGCCAAUAAUCAGAUGAACGACACAACCCCUCCUUCACAGCAAUCGAUGUCCAAUCCAUCAAACCAUAGCACUCCUAAACCUGACAGCUCUCAGACCCACUCUUCACAAGACGAAGAAGAUUCGGCUAACGAUUCGCUCAAUGAUAGAGACGGCGGACACUCAUCGGGACCGGGAACUGACUCGACCACUAAUACACCCAAAUCGACCAAAAAGAAAGGUCAUAAACGUUGGGUGCCAUUAGAGAUAGGACCGCCACCACAAGCAAAGCCUCCGCACCGGAAUAAGUUAGCGACUGAUAGACGGGAUCAUCGCGAACGACACGACGAACCACGAGAACGUGUGACCAGAGACCAGACUAGUGGUGAACGAAGACAUCGCGACAAACGAGACAAUCACGAUAGUCGUUACGAUUAUCACUCGUCGGGCAAUGAAAAUAAUCAUUACUCCGACGACCACACAAAAGGCAGUCACCACCGCGGACACGAUAGUGAUGGCGGCGGCACUUAUUAUGAUUCGCGACAUUCAGGAACUUCCAAUCGACGCUAUCGGGGUCGUGGACGCGGUUCGCGUACACCAACACAUCCACACUUACCGCGUUCCCGAUCUGUAGCCGAUCAUCACGAUGAUUAUCCGGCAGAUAUUAUCUACUAUCCCUAUAGUUUGGAUCUGACAAGUCUUAUGGCACCUUUAUAUCAGCCCUUUUACCCGAUCAAUACUUUUUCGAUGACAAUGGACACGGAAGCACUGAAAGAUUGCAUUAGAAAACAGAUCGAGUAUUACUUUAGUGAUGAGAACCUUCAGAGAGACUUUUUCCUGAGACGCAAAAUGGACGCUUCCGGGUCUUUGCCGAUAUCUUUGAUUGCAUCCUUUCAUAGAGUACAGGCGCUCACACAAGACGUCCAAAUGGUGAUCGAUUCACUUCUUGAUUCCAAAACUGUUGAAAUUCUCGAUGGAAUUAAAGUUAGAUCAAGAGUUGAACCCUUAAAAUGGCCACUCAGUGACAAUUUGAACUCAAGUGGUGCCGGAUUGCAACCAAACGUUCCGGCUUUCAUUCCCGGACAGUCUUACGGCUAUGGAUACGGUGAUGACUCACCGCACAGUCCUUAUGGUGAGGAAGGGGCCAAUGAUGCCGAUAAUGAGGCGGACAAUGACGACAAUUCUAAGAGCUUAACAAGUCUUAUAAACGAAGAUUUAACUAAUGGUGUGAGACUUGAAGCAACUGUAGUCUCUAAACAAAAAGUCGAUGACAUGUCAUCUUCAGCGGCGCUGCUCAACGACAAGACUCAGUCAAUUGCCGACAGUCCUCAAUAAGGACAAUGAAUAUGAUAUGCCAUCCAAUUUUGAGUCCAAAGAGGAGAGAGAGGGUCUUAUGUUAAAGUGAAGACUUUUUAAUUAAUUAUUGAAUUAUUUGUCAUUUAUUAUUGAUAUUAAUAUUAUUAAAGAUUUCAUUUAGCUUGCUUUUAAUUGAGUGCCAUUAACCAAUUGCCCAAAUUAUAUAUUUUAUAUA